AUGUGCAAACUCUUACCACGCACGCCUGCACGAAUGCCACAUACCAUUCGGAUGUCAAACUUUACACGCCCCACAGCCGAAGGGCGUUCAUCGACCGCCAUCAAACUCAAUCUCAUCAGCUGCCCUACACAACCUCUAGAUUACAGCACGUACGGUGACGAUCUCCACCCGUACCGGGAAAUGCUCAGCGUCUCUUGCACAUCGCGUUCAGACUCGCACCAUCUAGCGUCGGUACUUUCCAAGCGGUCUGGAACGGCGGUCAGCCGAGUCAUGUCAAAAAACGACGGACUGAGUUUCGGUCUUUUAGCGGACAUUUGGUGCGAACCAGCUGCUACGAUCUACCGAACGCAUCAUCGCCGCGUGAGUGUCUUUUCCCGGGGGUCCACUGAGUGGAUAUGGGAUGCUACGGAAUUGGAUGCUGAAUGUGCCGUUGUCGCGUGA